UAAACUCAAAGAAAAAGAAAAACAUAAGCAAGAUGAGGAAGGUUGAAACCAUUCUCAGUUAAAGGAACAGGAGAAUUCACAUGAAGUGGCAAACACUAAGGAAACCAAAAGCUUGAUCUGCCUUAUCAUUUAAACCCUUCUUAUAAAGGUACAUAUUGUAUUCUCCACUCCCUGCUUGACUACCAUCUCUUGAUGUGUCAUGUCUUAAUAUUCUGUCUUGUUUCCUUUCCUUUUUCAUAAUUAUCUAACAACUGCAAUGGCGACAUAAUAUUUUUAAACUGCUAAAAGUAUUGCACUUUUGGAGAAUUUGCUUUGGGGUGACAUGUUCCUUCCAGCAAUCCUAGCUACAUUUUUAAACAGCUGAUUUUAGCAGUGCCACCUGUAAAGAGCCUAAAACGGAUGGGUAAUUUAAUAUUUGGAUUUUUUUAAAGGUAAAUUCUAUCCUGUAUAUAUUUAUUGCGUGUACAUUCCAAAUACCACAAAUUUAUAUAAACACACACACACACACACACACACACACACACACACACACACAUACACACAUAUUCUGUAGGUUUGCUUGUGUGAGUCAAGGACUAGCCGAAUGAAUACAUCUGAAGAGAAUUAAAGACCUGCUUCAGACAAGAUGCUAAUUUUGGCAAGGAUGGUCCCUAUAUUAGCAGGUUUAUAAGGAUGAAACAUUGUGUAUGCAUUGCAUAUUUCUUGCUUCCUGGUUUAAGCUACCUGAUAGUGCCAACAGUGAUCUUUGCUAAAUGGCAAAUGCUGAGAAGGACAUGGAGUACUCUGAUCUUUGGGGCAGAAAAUAACUCCAGUUUCUGAUAACUUUUGUAAAGAUUUCUAACCAUUAUUCAUUAGUCCUGGAGUUUACUUAAGCAAACUACAUAUUUUUUCCUUGGGGGAAAAUAAGGAUAAUUUUGCCAAGUACCUAAACAAAUACAAAAUGGAAGAGAUGAAUGGAAAAUUAGAAAAUCAAAUAACCAGAAUAUUUUGUUCAUUCUUCAUACAGCCAAUAACCAACUAAUGGUACAACCUGUUAUUCUUUGAAUUUAACCUGAUAGCUCCAGCCCUUGUUUGCCUCGAGCUAACACGUGAGGAAAUAAAGACUUUGAGACAGCUAGAUUCACAGAACACCUGCUUUACUCCAUUCAAAGCCACCAAGAAUGGGCAUUGCUGCUUGGCUAGCAGACAAAUUUAUAUCAAUAAUAGUAAAAAUUUUGGUUCUAAGGAACUCCCAUUAAAAUAUCUUGAGUUAUUCAUUGAACGUGUCUUGUUCCCAUUUUUUUUUUUUUCAGUCUUGAAGUGAUUGCUAUACUUGUUAGAUGUGGCUAAAACAUCUCACAUCUUGACUCAAAGGAGUUUUUUGGAAUUCUUUUUUAUAAUCUAGCAGAAGUGAUAACUAGCAUUGUCAAAGUUUGCUUUAUUAAUAGCCCCAUGAACUCCUGGGGCUAUUAAUACAUUUAAUUCACUGCUGAAAUAGCAAGUCCAGCUUUUGAAAAUAGCUUUCAGAAUUUUACCAAGUUGCGUGUUCAAGAUUGUUUAUUGCAGUGUUGUUUAUAGUAACACAAAAACCCCAUAGACACAAACUGAACACAAUUGAAUUAUUUAUCAGUAGUAGUUGGGUAAAAUGUGACAUUUGUACAAUGGCAUAUAAGGCAGUUUAAAGACUGUGGCAGAUGUAUGUGCUGAUGUGAAAAAUGCAAGGUGGUAAACAUGCACAAACUAAGGUGCCAUUUGUGCCAUGUGGGAUAUAUUUGAAUAAAAAAAAAAUUCCCCAAUUCUAAAGUCUUGUUAUUACCAUUCCUUUUCAUACAAUAGCAUUUCUCUAAGAAAAGUGAACUAAUUUUCCCAUGAAUUUAAGCAAAAUUAAAUGAAGAUGAUGACAGUAACAUUUAUAUAGUACUUACUGUGCACCAGGUACUGUUCUAUUACGUGUUUUAAACACUUCACAGCAACACUGAAGCAUGGACCAUCUUUGUGCUCAUUUUUCAGAUGAGACUGAAGCACAGAGAUGUUAAUUAAUUUACAUGAGGUUGCAUGACUAUUAUGUGUUGAGGCAAAUUUAUAUUCCCUUGCAGACUGGCUCUAAUUUCUCUGUGCUCUGAACUGCCAAUCCUAUGCAUUCUCAACCUACUUUUGACAUUGAUGGAAACUAAAUGAGAUACUUUGUCAUUUCUCUUUCUCUUAGACAAAUGAUUUAUUGUUUGUGUUUAUGAUGAUACCUAAUAACAGGAUGGUCUUAUUUUUAUUGCUGGGAACAAUCUAUGUUCAUUUAAUUAUCUUUAUCAUUCUAACUCAUUCAUUUAAUUAGGUAGUUCUCAACUGAAGGCAAUUCUGUCCCCUUGGGGACAUUUGGCAGUUUGGAGGGGACGUUUUUGUUUGCCACAGUGGGGCUGAGAGCUUUAAACAGCAGUAGUAAAAGUCAGUCUGCAAGCUUUUGUGAAAGAACAUUGUGCAGCAUGGAUUCUCUACCAGAAGAGUUUUUUAUCAGGGAUCUUCCUGUGGAGGAGCAGGCUAAGGAAGAAACCAGGACUAAGGUAGAAGAAUCAACUGAUCAACUGGACAAACAGGAAAAGGAAACACCUACUGAUCUCGUCCCUGUUAACCUACUACUAGAAGUGAAGAAGUUAUUGAAUGCAAUUAAUACUCUACCAAAAGGUGUGGUUCCUCAUAUCAAGAAGUUCUUACGAGAAGAUUUUUCCUUCCAAACUAUGCAGAGAGAAGUUGCAGCCAACACCCAGAAUGGGGAGGAAAUUGUUCCUGCUUUGACUUUACGUUUCUUAAUAACACAACUGGAAGCAGCACUUAGGAAUAUUCAAGCUACUAAUUAUACUGCACAUCAGAUUGAUAUUGGUUAUUAUUUGACAUUACUAUUUUUGUAUGGAGUAGCACUCACUGAAAGAGGGAAGAAAGAGGAUUAUAUAGAAGCUGAGAAUAAAUUUCUGGUGAUGAAGAUGGUGAUCCAAGAAAAUGAAAUUUGUGAAAACUUUAUGUCUUUAGUUUAUUUUGGACGUGGUUUGCUUCGAUGUGCUCAGAAGAGAUAUAAUGGAGGACUACUAGAAUUUCAUAAAAGCUUACAAGAGAUAGGAGAUACAGAUGAUCAUUGGUUUGACAUAGAUCCGACAGAAGAUGAAGAUCUACCUACAACUUUUAAAGAUCUUCUUAAUAAUUUCAUCAAGACAACUGAGGGUAAUAUAAUGAAGCAGACCAUUUGCAGUUAUCUGGAUUGUGAGCGAUCUUGCGAAGCUGACAUUUUGAAGAACAGCAAUUAUAAGGGAUUUUUUCAGUUAAUGUGCAGUAAAAGCUGCUGUGUUUACUUCCAUAAAAUUUGUUGGAAAAAAUUCAAGAAUUUAAAAUAUCCAGGUGAAAAUGAUCAGAGUUUUAGUGGGAAAAAAUGUUUGAAGGAAGGAUGUACUGGUGACAUGGUAAGGAUGCUGCAAUGUGAGGUACCUGGAAUUGUCAAAAUUUUGUUUGAAGUUGUGAGAAAAGAUGAAUAUAUAACCAUUGAAAAUUUAGGAGCCAGUUAUAAAAAGUUGAUGUCUCUGAAAAUAACUGAUACUGAUAUAAGACCGAAGAUCAGUUUAAAAUUUAGUACAAAAGAUGAAAUGCCUAUCUUCAAACUUGAUUAUAAUUAUUUCUAUCAUCUGCUUCAUAUAAUUAUUGUUUCUGGUACUGACAUUGUUCGGCAAAUAUUUGAUGAGGCUAUGCCACCCCCUCUUUUGAAAAAAGAGCUUCUUAUACACAAGAAUGUACUGGAACCCUACUACAACCAUCUUUGGACCAAUCACCCUUUGGGUGGAGCAUGGCAUCUGCUUUAUCCCCCAAACAAGGAACUACCACAGUCCAAACAGUUUGACUUAUACCUCCUAUUAGCUCUCAUAAAACAUUUGAAUGUGUUCCCUGCACCCAAAAAAGGCUGGAAUAUGGAACCACCAUCUUCUGAUCUCUCUAAGUCUGCAGACAUCCUGAGGCUCUGCAAAUACAGGGAUAUCCUCCUUAGUGAGAUUUUGAUGAAUGGUCUCACUGAGUCACAAUUCAAUUCAAUUUGGAAAAAAGUUUCAGAUAUUCUUCUGCGCCUUGGGAUGAAGCAAGAGGAUAUUGACACAGUGAAGGAGAAUCCUAUUGAGAAUCUCUCUCUUGAUUACCAUCAGCUGUCCAUCUACCUAGGCAUACCAGUACCAGAAAUCAUCCAGAGGAUGUUAUCCUGCUAUCAACAAGGAAUUGCUCUACAGUCAAUAACAGGAAGUCAACGUAUUGAAAUAGAAGAGUUACAAAAUGAGGAAGAAGAACUAAGUCCACCUCUCAUGGAGUACAAUAUAAAUGUGAAAUCAAACCCUGAAAUACAGUUAGCGGAAAUUAAUAAAGAUGGGGCAUCGAUACCCAGUGAAUCUUCAACAGAAUCUAUUAAAGAUCUCCAAGAAGUUAAGAGUAAACCAAAGAAAAAGAAAAAGACUAAGAAUAAAAAGAAUAAGGAAUCAAAAGAAGAGCAAGUCCCAAAUAUGAUAGGAAAGGAGGAGCAGUUGAAGAAAGAGCAAGCAAAUCUAUACCCAGUCGGUAAAUUUGUGAAAGAUGAUGCAAGUGAUAUUCAAGAAGAUUCUGCCACUGAAGACAAGUUCUAUAGCCUGGAUGAAUUGCAUAUUCUGGACAUGAUAGAGCAGGGCUCAACCAGUAAUGUAACUACAGAAUAUGGAGAAACUGAAAAGGAGAAGCUUGCUCGACAACAGCAGCUUUGUAAAUUGCACUAUCAGUGUGAAGAUUUCAAAAGACAAUUGAAAACAGUGACUUUUCGGUGGCAAGAAAACCAAAUGCAGAUUAAAAAGAAAGAUAAAAUCAUCGCAUCACUUAACCAACAAGUGGCUUUUGGAAUCAAUAAGGUGUCCAAAUUACAGCGUCAGAGCCAUGCUAAAGAUAAUGAAAUCAAGAACCUUAAAGAGCAACUUUCUACGAAAAGAUCUCAGUGGGAAAUGGAGAAGCAUAAUCUGGAAAGCACGAUUAAAACAUACUUAAACAAACUGAAUGCAGAAACUAGCAGAGCUUUAACAGCAGAGGUGUAUUUCUUACAGUGUCGUAGAGAUUUUGGUUUGCUUCAUCUAGAGCAGACUGAAAAGGAGUGCCUCAGUCAGCUUGCCAGGGUGACUAACAUGGCGGCAAGCAACCUAGAAUCACUUCAAUUAAAGGCUGCAGUAGACAGUUGGAAUGCCAUUGUGACAGAUGUUAGAAACAAGAUCGCAUUCCUCAGGACACAGUACAAUGAACAAAUUAACAAGGUGAAACAAGGGUUUACCUUGAGUACCUUGCCUCCAAUCCAGCUUCCUCCACCACCGCCCAGUCCUGAGAUACUGAUGCAGCAGUUCCUAGGAAAACCCAUUGUGAAAGAAUCUUUAUUUAGACCUUUACUCACUGUUCCUCAAAUUCCUGCUAUUUGUUCUGGAGUCAUCUCCACAACUGGCCAACCUAGACAUCCCCUGAUGGCUGGCAUAGCCUGGACGGUGCCAGCAUCAGUGGGAGAAGCUAUGUCUCCCAGUGCAGGUCUGGGAAGUGAUCUUCCCAUAAUUAAUUGGGAGAAGAUUACAGACAGGCUGAAGACUGCCUUUCCACAACAGACCAGAAAGGAGCUUACAGAUUUCUUACGGAAAUUGAAGAAUACUCAUGGGAAGUCCUUAUCUGGACUGACAUUUGAUGAAAUUGUUUGCAAGAUUUCCCAAUUUAUUUACCCCAAGAGAUCUCAGAGUCAAGGAAAAUCAGUGCCAAAUGGAAACAGUGUUUCACCCAGCCACCAUACUCCACCCCAGGCUAAUGCUGUCCAGCCCUCAAAACCAGCCCGGAAGCCCCUCAGUUCACAAGGUCCUGUCAAAUUAGAAGGAGCCAAUAAUUUGGAUGAUGAUAAGGAAGAAGAAGAGGAGCCUUGUGUGAUUUGUCAUGAGAAUCUCUCUCCAGACAACCUCUCGGUUUUGCCUUGUGCACACAAAUUCCACUCUCAGUGCAUUAGACCUUGGCUGAUGCAACAGGGGACAUGCCCAACCUGCAGACUUCAUGUUUUGCUACCAGAAGAAUUUCCUGGUCACCCCAGGCGGCACUUGCCCAAGAUAUGAUACAAAGGGGUGACUAUCCAAAGGAAGUUCAAUUUUCAGACUCUGAAAUUUAGUUUUGCUUUUUAUUUGAGUGUUCAAUUUUCAGACUCUGAAAUUUAGUUUUGCUUUUUAUUCAAGCGGAUAGUGUAAAUGGUGUGAAGCAGUAUGCUCUUCCAUAUUGUGCAAAAUAAGCUAGCUAAUCUCAUCAAAGCUGCAGCCAAAGAGGAGAGGACAGGUCUUCAGGAUUAUGGACCAAACUGAAAGAGUUCAAAGAAGAUGGAGUUUUAAAAGUUACAUUACAUUUGCUUUUACCUUAUUAGGUAUUUUCUUUCAACAUAAACAUGAUUAUUGUUGGCAUGUAUCUUAGGAUGUCUUAUCUUUUCCUGAUUGCACUCAUUCUUUGUCUCAAAUAUAUUACAUUUUAAUUUCCUAAAAUAAAUGUAAACAAGUGGAAAAACUCCACAUAUUUUAGUAUUCUUUUUAACUUUUAAAAUUGCUUAUAAACUAUAUUUUAUUUAUCUACACCUCAUGUUUUAUCUCUAUCUUCCCAAUCCUUUUCUGUACUCUAAAAUAUGUACCCAUGAAUAGAUUAUAAACUACAUGAAGGUGGGUUCCAAGCAGUAGUGUGUUGGAGCUGGAGUAUAAGAGCUUGGGAGAGGUGAUUCUUAGUUUCAGGAAUUUUUUGAGCCAGUUAUUCAACUUGUUGGUAGCUUGAAAUCUGCCACAGUGGGAGUAUUUUAUACCACAGGAAUUGGCAAAUGCUAUAAGGAAGGGCUUUCCUUCCUCUCAAGAGCUGGUUACUAAACAUUUACCAGCACGCCUCUGGGACCAUGUCUGAUGAUUCUUACUGUUCUCAAUGUCUUGUACAGUAGGUGUAGCAUAAAUAUUCCCCAGAAUUAUAAAUCAGGAAGCAGUAAGAAAAGAAGUUAGGGUGCAAAUUAAGUCACUUGCUCAGAUAAAUAACACGUUCAUUUGUAAACAUGCCCUUUGGACCGUAAUCAUUUAUACUUUGGAGGAAUUUUUUUCCUGCCUUAAAAGUUUCUAAUUUCACUUUCUCAGGCUGGAGGCUGGAGGGUAGAUUUGUAUGUAGUUGCUUCUUUAGAGUUUACACCUACUGAGCUAAGUUGCAUAUCUAAAGCUUGUAAUCAAGAACUUUCAUUCUAGAAGUCAAAAACCUAUUUUGAAAUUAGUAUUGUAUAAAUGCUGUAAGUGUUGUACAUGUCUCUACCUACAAAAUUAAAAUCAUUCAGUUAUCCUGUAAGAGAAUUGCUACUUAGUUCAUAUUAUUUUCCAUAAAUUAAUGAAAUUCAUACUGUGAAUAAGUGUUUCCUGACUGAACAAUUAUUUUACCUGUAUAAUGUAUCUUAAAGUGUAAAUGUAUCUUAAAGUUAUUUUAAAUCUUAAAGUGUAAAUGUAUCUUAAAGUUAUUUUAAAUCUCUACUUAAAAUUACUAUUUCUUUAACUGUAUGCUAAAUGUUUUCUUCUCUGAGAAAGACUGGAAAAUGUGAAGGAAGAUACACCAAAAUAAAGGCAGUCAUUUAGACAUGUAAAAUGUCAAGAAUGUCUUAGAAUUGCACAAUUCAGAACUUACAGGCCUUUUAAUAAUUAUCUUGUCUAACACUUCAAGGUCAUGAUCAUAUAGCAAAUUAUCUUGUAAAAUAAAUGUUUCUUAUUGUAUAUUUACAACCGCAAUUUCAUUUUCAUGUGGGAAAGAAUAAAUGUUUCUUAAAUGAA